AUGUCCGCCUCGCAGAACCCGAUUCCGACUCGCGACCAGCUCACGGGGCUAGCGCGAAGCUAUUUCAAGGCAGUGGAUGCCAAGGACCUCGACGCUGUGUUGUCGUACUUCGCCCCGGACGCGACAUUCACCAUCGAGACUGCUCAUGUCACAGCCACGGGCCCCGACGAGAUCCGCCGCGUGUUCACCGACUUCCUGAAUAACACCAAGCACAUGCGACAUGACAUAACAAGUCUUAUGGCCGAUGAAACAAAUGGAAAGGUCGCAACGGAACAUCAUUAUACUGCCGAGCAGCUGGAUGGGUCAAAAAAUGAUAUUAACAACUGUAACUUCUUUGAUGUUGGCGCGGAUGGAAAAUUCACACGAGUGGUUGUUUUUAUGGCAGGCGCGAGCCCGAUGAAAUAA